AUGAUUAUGUUUCUUAUCAUUUUCUCACAUAUCCCAGUUUCUUUUUCAUUGACUAUUACUUGCAAUAAAAAUCUAUGCCCAGAUUCAUUUGUGAGCCCUAUAUAGAUUGGCGAUGGUCACUGCGACCAAAAUUGUAUGAAUCCUUACUGCAAUUAUGACUCAAAAACAGGAAAAAUCGCUGAUUCUGAUUGUUAUUCUGAUUGUAUUUACAGAACUCAGUGUCAAUUAUCAAAGCUAGGUGAUGGAACUUGUAAUUCUGAAUGCAAUAGCUGAACUUGUGCCUAUGACUUAGGCGAUUGUGGCAAAUGCUCUUCUAAUUGUAAAUGCUAUUUAGGCUAUGACAAAAUGCUGGGGAGCAGCUGCUAUUCUGUUUGCAAUACGGCCUCUUGCUAUUAUGGACUUGGUCUUUGCCAAGACUGCAGCCAGAAUUGUCCAUCAAGUCUCCUUGGAGAUGGAAAUUGUGACUCAGCUUGUGACGUUUCAAGUUGUAAUUAUGACUUUGGAGACUGCCAAACCUCUGCUUGUGCUUCUGGCUGCUAUAUUAAUAUGCUGAAUAACACUGUCUGCGAUAAAGAAUGCUAUAAUGAAGAAUGUGGUUGAGACGGGACAGAUUGUGAUUGUAGCCCAGGCUGUACCUUAACUGAGCUUAAUAACUCAGGGUGUGAUGCGGUCUGCAAUGUUGCUGACUCCCCCCCCCUCUGUGAGUGAACAAAAAUUUUUUUUAAUAGAAAAAUUUUGAUAUAUAAGUGAUAAUUAUUAUAAUGAAAUCUCGAGCUAAAUCUGUUUAACUUUAAACAAAUUGCUUUUUAAAACAUAAAUUUUAUAAAUUAAAUUAAUAUUUGCUUUCCAAUUUUCGCGAAUUAGGAUUUUUUUAUAAAAUUUAUAUAUAAAUUUUUUAUAAAAAAAAAAUUAACCCCCCCUCCGUAAGUGAACAAAAUUUUUUUGUUCACUCACGGAGGGGGGGGGAGUGAGUGCGAUUUUGAUAGCCAUGCAUGCGGUGACUGCGCUUCUGGCUGCUUUGACAGCUUUAUAGGAAAUGGGACAUGUGAGUCUGCAUGCAAUAACGAAAAUUGUAAUUGAGAUGGCGGUGAUUGUCAAUGCGCAUCUACAUGCAACAUUAAUAGUUACGGUAACUGCUCUGAAGGCUGCAUGGUUGCAGACUGCUUAUGAGAUCAGAUAAGCACAAGCACAGACAAAAGAUGCAGUAAUACAGAUUUAUCAAUAUUUUACAUGCGUUUGCAGCUAAUGAACAACAAUUUUACAGAAGUUCCAACUAUAAAAAGCUGUUUAAAGAAAACUAAUUGUACAGCGGCUGAUUUAGCUGUUCCUGAAACCUGCAGCAGCGACUGCAAUAAUGACCGCUGCUGGUGGUCCCAAUACAACUGUUUUCCUUAUAAUGAAACAGUUUGUGCAGACUCAAACUGUUUAAAAUGCUAUGGAGACGACCUUGGCAUGUGCUACGAAUGCGAUUCGUCAGUCUCAAAUAACUAUCAAUUCUUUGGAUAUUGUGUUGAAGAAUGCCCCACAGGGUAUGAGCCUCUGCAUUUUCUAGAGCAGGCUUGAAUUUGUGUGCUUGAAGAAGAUAAGUCCACUGCAGAUAACCCAGCAGUUUAUUAUGUGGACUGAAAUACAACUGACUCUUUAGGAGGGGAUGGGACUAUAGCGAAGCCUUGAAAAACACUAUCACUAGCAUUGGCUUCUAUAAGUACAGCAUACUCAAUUGUGUACCUGACUCCAGGGUACCACUAUUUGACCGAGGUAGACAAAAAUUCAGAAAUUUAUGUAACCAUUGCAGAUGCCUCAAGGCCUUAUAAUUAUCAAGUUGUGCGCCAAAAUCUGACAAUAACUUCAAGUGAUAGCUCUUACUUACUUAAUUAAUAUCACGUUUUAACGUCCCCCACGGGUUGGCGUUCUGGUGUCCACCGCCUUUGACACUUAGGGACGAUAUACAGCCUCCCGGUACGACCGCACUGCGCACCUCCAGAUGAAAUCACUGACUUUGACGGCUCAUGAGUGAGCGACUUCCCUUGCCUGCUCAGAAAAUUCAAAAUGGACUCUCGUCACAAAGGGAGAACACGAGGCCUGGGACUAACGCCAAGUUUCACGCUAGGGAGUUGCCCGAAUGGUCCAGAGGACUUUGCUGAGCUUCCCUUUUCCAACCGCCGUGUCUUCCUUCCCUUCGAGGUAAAAUCCAUCCCAGUCGUCAAGCAUGGGCCAGGCUCUGCCCUGCAGAAUUGCUCACCUGGCAUUGUUCCUCAUUUCCAGAAUGGCAAAGUCUUUGCGGAUAAAUUAAAAUAUGUGCUUGGAGCUUCAUUGCCAGGAGGCCAUGGCCAGGCUUUGACUCCAUAUUUUAAUUUCAAGUGAUAGCUCAACCCCAACAAUAAAGCCUUACCCAAACAAAGACACAAUUACAAUAACCCUUGAAAACACUGUCUAUAUGUCUUUUACCAAUAUAAACUUUGAUGCCUAUUACUGGGAGAGCGAAAAAAGUAAAUGCAACUCUUCCAGUGAAUAUUGUUCUUAUUGCCCUUAUGUUACACAGAUUUUUGAUGGAACUUAUCAAAAUGAUAGAGGGGAAGCCAUAACUGAGUUUCUGGAUGCUGAUGAAUGCGCAGAAAACCAUGGCUGGAAUUUAUUUGAAAUUCCUGGAAAUUGCAGCUUAUUGCUGAAAAAUGUAAAUUUCACGAAUUGGAGAUUAGAAGAAAACUCGUUGAUUUCCAGCAAUGGUGGAAAUCUUGACCUAGAGAGCGUUGAUUUUAGCAAUAUAAGAACUGCUCCGUUUGAAAACUCUAUAGCUUACACCCCGUUUUGGAUCAGCCUUGAGCACCCCCUCCCCAUGCCACCCACCUCCUAACGGUCCCAAAUAUUUUAGCAUGUUAAAUAUUAAUUUGACAUGUUAAAAGGUUUGAGCGGACUUGUCAAAUAAUAUUUUAGCAAAUUAAAUUUUCAGGACCGUCAGAGGGUGGACGACAUGGGGAGGGGGUACUUAAUGGUGAGCAACCAUGAGGGGUGUGCUAUAGUGUCAUUAUUUUUGCUGAUUGUGGAUCAGCUACUUAUGAAUGUGGGAAUUUUCAGUAUAAUAAAGGAAAUGUAGAGAAAUUAAAUAAUGGAUUUGAGUAUGACAGCUCUCUGAUAUUAAUGGGGUUUUUGAGAGUUCUUAAGGCCAAAAGUGUUAGUAUUGCAAAUGUAAAUUUCAAAAAUAAUUUUAUAUCAGAUCCUGAAGCUGAUGAUGCAGGAAGUGUACUUUAUUUAGAAAUCUUUAGGACGCUGUAUAUUGAAAAAUGUGAGUUUUCGUACAAUUAUGUCCAGAACGGUAUUAUAUUUAUACUUGCGAGUAAUUUGGCUUUGGAGCAGACUGUAGAUAAUAAUGAAAUUAUCGACUAUACAAUAGAUCAUGUCACAAUAAAGUCAUCGAAGUUUUACAAUAAUUAUGGGAUAAACAUUGGAAUUAUUGCAGCCUAUUAUGUCCCUGAACUACAAAAUUAUCAUAUAGAUUCUCUUGAUAUACAAAAUAACGUAGUCGAGUCAGGCAGUUUUUUUGUAUUAAACAACACAGUAGUAAAAAACGAAUAUAUAUAUGGAACAACAGGAACAGUGACUACAGAUAAUGGUUAUAGGAUCACAGCCCAUCAAAACCCUCGCUGGUUCAACUGAUAUUCAGGCACAAUCAAAAACAACUAUUCAGGAAGCAAUGGAAUUUUUUAUUUGACCAAAAUUUUCAAUAUUUUUAUAAGUGGGGUCACAAUAGACUCAAAUGGAGAUACAGAAAGGUUAAACACAGGCAUAAACGUUAACACCAUUGUAUUCAACUCUUGGAUUAAUAACCCAGACAUGUAUAUGAAAGAUGAGAUCAAAACCAACCAGCUGACCUGCGAAUAUAUGUCUGCUUUCUCCAUAGUCACAAAUAUCACUAUUAAAGACUCUGAAAUCACAAACAAUUACUGCUCUGAAUCUAAUCCUGUCAUAAACUUUGACAGCUCCAAUGUAGUCAAUUUUACUAAUACAACGUUUAACUCGAACUAUGGGUGGUCAGCGAGCCUCUCUACAGUGCUGUACAUUAAUAAUGGGAAUCAAACUGGCAUAACAAGCUCAAAGUUUCUGAAUAACACAAAUUACGCUGAUACUGGGUAUGGACUUAUUUAUGCCAAAGGUAGUUCCCAGGUCUUAGAAGUCAAUUCGACGCUUUUUUAUAAAAAUUAUGCUUCAGAAGGAGGGAUUUAUUUUGUUGGAAGUAUUGUUAAGCUCUAUAAUGACACAUUUGAAUAUAAUGGCUCUCCUACCCAUGGGGCAGGCUUGUAUAUUAGCCAAUUAAGCUCUGGGACACUGUCCGUAUAUGCAGACUCUUGCACAUUUUACAAAAGUUCUUCAAUAAAUGGUGGAGCAGUCUAUAUGGAAAAUGAAGGAAUCUCCACAAAUACAAUAUACUUGGCAAUAAAGAACACAACUUUUGAGUCGAAUUAUGGAGAAUACGGUUCUGUAAUAUACUUGGAGGAUUCCAUUGCAAUAGCUGCAGGCUCUUUCCUCUACAAUUGUACAUUUAAAGAAAACACAGCGAAAAUAUCAGGGGCCAUUGCAGCUCUAUAUUCAAGUGGCACAUUGAGCAUCUCAAACUCUGUUUUUUAUAAAAACACAGCUAGGCUUGGAUCAGCGAUUUAUUUAGAAAUCGGUCCUGAUCUGCAAUACUCAGGGACAUUUUAUAUAGAAAACACUGACUCCCCCCACUUUAAAUUGGAACAAAUAUAGGUAAAAUUUCCAUUUUUUUGUUAAAUUAAUCCCCCUUUAAAUUGGAACAAAAUUCAAUUUUAUAAUAAAAAAUUGUAUAGAUAAAAAUCAUAAUUUUUAUGUAAAAAGUUUUGAUACAAGUUAAAUGUUUCUUCUUAACUAAAAUUAAAAAUUUAGCUAUAUCUUUCUCUUGUUUAAAGAAGAGAGCAUAAAGUUUGUUUUUAAAAAUUUUUUUAAAAAAAUUUUAAUUAUUUUAGAUAAAAAUAAUAUUUUUAUUUAAAUAAUUUUGAUAUAAAUUCAAAGCGAAUUCUUUACAAAAAUUGAAAAUUUACUUUAUUUCUUGCUUUUUUUAAAGAAUAAAUUAUAAAUAGCAUCUUAUUUAAACAAAAUUAGCACUUUGAUCGAUAAAUUUUCUAAAAAUGUUUUUAAUUUUUUUUUAUCAAUAAAAAUAAUAAUUUUUGUGUAAAUAGUUUUGAUACCAAUUAAUAGUGGCUUAUUAGCUAAUAAUGAAAAUUUAGUUAUAUCUUGCUUUUUUUUAAAAGAUAAAGAGUAAAUAGCAUUUUAUUAAACAAAUUUAUUAAUCUAAUUCGAUAAAUUUUUUAAAUUUUUGUAAAUUUUUUUUUUUAUAAACAAAUUUUAUAUUGAAUUUUUGUUUAAAAAAAAAUUUCUUAACCCCUUUUAAAUUGGAACAAAAUUUUUUGUUCCAUUUAAAGAGUGGGAGUGAGUUUCUUUAUAACAGUGGGGGUGCCGUUUUAUAUGCUUCAAAUGCUGACAUUUUUUCUUUUGUGGUAACAAAAUCGUGCUCUUUUCUAAAUAAUGUAGGAUCUGCUGUAUUUUUGGACUACGACUCAUGGGUUGAUAAUGGGUCCAUCAUCAAAAACAAUUCAGGAAUGGUAGGCGGAGGACUCAGAAUGGACGAUAACGCAUCAGCCAGUCUCACAGCCACAAUAUUCGAAGAAAAUAAUUCAUCGUCACAUGGAGGGGCAAUAAGCGUUGCUGGAAACUCUAACUUGACCUGCAAUUAUUGCAGCUUUCAAAAAAACUUUGCAGAUGACUCUGGAGGAGCAAUUUACAACGAGCAGGAUUCUGUUUUCAAUGUAUCCCAUUCAGUCUUCGAAGAAAACAUAUCUACCAAUAAAGGCUCAGCGGUUUAUUUGUUAGGAUCUCCAAGUCCUGUAUCUCAGCUGCAUAAUGUAACGAUUGCUUCAAAUUAUGCCUAUAAUGAAGGUUCUGUAGCACUGCUUGACUCCGCAAUAAACAUCACUUCAUCCAAAGUGCAUGAAAACUCAGCGAAAAUGGUCACAGGAGGAGUUUUACUUACUCUUUCAACUGCCACAAUCACUAAAAGCACGUUUUAUUCGCAACAAAGUGUUCAAGGCAGCUUUUUAUAUGCGACCACACAAAGUACAGCGAUUAUCCAAGGCUGCUUCUUUAACAAUGGCAAAAGUAGCAACUCAGGAGGUGCAGUGUUUUCUACAGCCAGUGAAGUUAUAAUAAGCAGCUGCACCUUCAGUGGGAAUUUUGCCUAUUCUGGAGGAGGGGGUUCAAUUUUAUCAUACUCGGGAAGUUCAUUAAACAUCACAGACAGCAAAUUCAUUAAUUCAAGCAGUAAUGACUUGGGAGGAGUCAUAGUAGGCUACGAAAGCAACUUGUAUGUCGAAAACUCCUACUUUGAUACCUUUUCUAUGGGCGCCAUAAGUGGAGAAAAAAUGAUGCACAUUUGAAUCAAAGGAAGCCAAUUUUAUAAUGGGUACUCUCCAAGUGGAGGCGCCUUAUCAUGCACUGGCUGCGUCGAGCUGGAAAUCUAUGAUUCUGAGUUUAUUAAAAAUAGAGCAAAACGCUUGGGAGGCGCUUUGUACAUAUGAACUACAAAUGAUAACGAAAUAGCUAACUCUUAUAUAAUCUCAAACACAAUGUUUCAAAACAACAGAGGAGAAAUCGGAGGCUCGAUCUAUAGCAAUAACGUCAAGCUGAAUAUUUCUUUUUCCACAUUUUCAGGAAACUCCGCAAUCACCGAUGACCCGAUUACAGCAACUACACCAGUAGAUGGUAACGGGGGUGCUAUUAAUACUCUCUGUGAAGAUUUCAAGACCUGUGAAUUUUAUUUCUCGAGCAAUACUUUUGUUGAUAACUUCGCAACCUAUGAUGGUGGAGCUCUCAACUUUGAAGACAUCUGCUGCAUGCCAUUUGAAUGGAAAGUUUUGAUCGUGCGGAAAUUUUGGUAAAAUCUCUGAUAGAUUUUCCUGUGUAUUGAUUUGUAUUUCUAUCUACAUUGGACCGAAUGGCACGCCAGCCACAAAUUUUCCUGUACCCCUCGGACAUUCCGUUCAAAAAAGCAUGCACCCAAGACAUCAUGCCGGUAUUGUCAGGAAAUGUGUUUGCCAAUAAUACUGCGGCUUAUGGUGACGAUAUUGGCUCUUAUGCGGUAAAAAUAGUAGCCCUUGAUGAAAAUGGAGAACUGAUUGGAUACCAACGAAGGCUUGAAAGUGCCCCUUUAGCGACUUCCUUAUCAAAUUUAGCACCAGGACAGACGUCUUCGAAAACGUUAAAGAUUGCAUUGGUGGAUUAUUACAAUAAUAUCGUUACCACAGAUAGCUCGAGCUCAGCUGAACUUUUGGUUACAAACUCUUCGACAACAACCUUCUCUGGGACCACAAAAGUGACGGCAGCAAAAGGGGUGUAUGUUUUUAAUGAUUUUAUCGUUUGAGCAAUACCUGGCACUGAUGUUGACAUAGAAGUGUAUUCAACAGGAAUAGACUCAACAAAGUCAAAUAGUAGCCAAAUUACUUAUAUUUCAACUGUGAAGGUAAAUAUUUCGCUAAGAAAAUGCAUUAUUGGAGAAGCCACUGUUGGAAAUAACUGCCAAGUAUGUGAUAAAGGAAGUUACAGCUUAGAUGGCGAGAAUACUGCUUGCAUAGAUUGCCCAAGUGAAGCGAAGUGCUAUGGAAACUACACGAUGGUCCCUCUGCCAGGAUAUUGAAGGUCUUCUAAUAUGUCAAGCACUUUUUGGGCCUGUCCAAAGAAAUCGGCAUGUGAAGGAUCGAGCAAAGAGCAUUUCUCUUUGACAGGCCGUUGCGAGGAAGGCUACCAUGGAAAUAUGUGUCAAGCCUGCUAUUCAGGAUAUUCAAGAACGAAUCCAAAUACUUGUGGAAAAUGCCCUGACCCAGUUUCUAAUGCUUUCAGAGUAAUCGGCAUUGUUAUUGCAGCGAUCAUUGUGGGGGCUAUUAUGGUCCGAACUUCUCGGAAUUCUGCCUAUAAGCCGAAAUCAAUUGAAUCAGUCUACAUCAAAAUUUUCGUAAAUUAUUUGCAGCUCGUUAUACUCAUUACCACCUUCAACUUGGAAUGGCCAGAUACAGUUUUGCAGCUUUUUUCUGUCCAAAGCAGUGCAGGGUCUGUAAGUGACGAAGUAUUUUCUUUUGACUGUUUUUUAGAUACUGGGGAAGGAAUGGAGCAAGUCUAUUUCAAUAAACUGAUUAUUAUGAGCGUCAUUCCUAUUGCUAUUGGCUGCGGGUCACUUUUGUUCUGGGUUUGCAUGAUGCUGCAUAGGGGGAAUUUUCUAACCUUUACCAAUGAUUUAGUGUCUACUAUCGUUAUUUUGCUGUUUUUAAUCCACCCAAAUUUGGUAAAAGUGAUGUUUUCUUCGUUUAGUUGCAGAGAAAUUGACGUUGGGGAAUUCUGGCUGGUCGAUAAUUUGGAAAUAAGGUGCUGGGAUGAUAAUCACUUGUUUUAUAUUUUUGCAGUGUCUAUUCCUUCUAUUAUAGUGUGGGGAAUUGGAAUCCCUACCGUCUCCUUAUUCUUUUUAUGGAAAAAUAGAAGACAUUUAAACGCGCUAAGUAUAAGGCUAAGAUUUGGAUUCCUUUUUAAUGGGUAUAAGGCUAGGAAAUAUUAUUGGGAAUUCUUGAUACUGUAUCGAAAAAUUCUUAUAGUGUGCUGCUCUGUUUUUCUGCAAAAUAUUUCUACAGAUAUUCAAGCAUUGACUGUGAUGGUAUUGCUUCUUUUUUGUUUAAUUAUGCAAUCUCAAAACCAGCCUUAUGACGGGAGCAUUUUAAACCAAAUGGAAAUUAGAUCAAUUUUAGUUGCUACAAUUACAAUAUAUUGUGGACUUUAUUAUCUAACUGGUGCUUUAAAUGAAGCUACAAAAGUUGUGUUUUUUAUUGCUAUCGUCCUGGUGAAUGCCUAUUUUAUUUACUACUGGGUUUUGAAAAUGUUUGGAGCUGGGAUUCAAUACUUAACUCUCCCCCCUUUAAUUGAAAUUAAAUUCUUGUUCUAUUUUAAAGGGUUUUUUUUCAAAAAAAUAUAAAUUGAAUGCAUAUUUUUGAGCUUUAAUUUAUUUUAUAAAGAAAAAAUUCAAGAAGUUUAUCUAUAUGUUCUAUUUGCAUUUUUUCCAUUAAAAUAUAAAAUUAACUUGUAUUUUCACUUAUAAAUUUUCGAUUGAAAAAAAAAUUAUUUCUAGAAAAGGAUAUUUUUUCAAGUUUAAAGGGAAUAAGUGAAAAAAUCCCUUUUUUUAGAAAUAGAUUCCAUAGAAAGGUGAUGGAUGGCUUUGAUGAUGCUUUAUUUGAAGAGAAUAUUGAAAGGCAUGUAAUGAUUAAAGGAGGAGAAAAGAUCUUUUCUAUAGUAAAAAACAGCCCAAACUCAUUAUCUGAAAAUUUUGAUGCCGCCGAAAUUUUUAAUCUAAAUAUGAAGCAAGUAUAGCCUAUGCGCCGUUAUUAGUAGUAAUCAUUGAAAUUUAAACGCUAUAAUGAAUGGACUUGAUGCAUUCUAUAUCUUAGACUAGAAUCCUAUCAUUUAGACAAAUUCAGAGCUAAAUAAAAUUCUUAAUUUUAAUUCUUUGCUUUUAUAAUUAAUUAUUAAAUUGCUCUUCUCGUGAAGUGGCGAUUUUGAGCCCAAUAUUGCUUUGGCCCAAUUUUAGGAUCAGUGGUGAAACGCCAAAAUGGGUAACAAGUGUGAAAUAGGUUGGCAAUAAAUUAACCGAUUUUUAAAAUGCCUUUAUAAUAAAAUUAAUUUUAAAUGAAGAUAUCCUUUAGUCUGGCAUUGAUGCAUGAAGUUCUUAAAGCCUCAUAUAAAUUGGCUCUAGCAAAAUUAAAAAUGGCUAUUUAAUGAACUUUAAAAUAUUUGCUUCCUAUUGCGUGUUUUAGAGGAUGGUUAUUUUUUAAGAAAGUAUAAUCAAAUUUGCUAUGAUUAAUUGAACUUGCAUCUGCAAAGUUAGCAGCAAUGGAUGAUGAAUCUACAUUAAGUUCUUAAAGUCUCAUAUGGAUCGGCUCAAUCAAAAUCUAUGCUUGAAAGAUAUUUUUUUAAUAUUUGAAAUUAAUUUUAUAAUAGAGUCACUUUUAAAAUUGGCUCAUUUAUUAUCAUCCAUUUUUGACAUGCUACUUUAGAUCCCGAAAAUUGAGUUCAAGCCGUUUUGCCGCAAAAUCGCUACUUUUUAUAGAGAAAAAAAAAUUGAAUUAAAACAAGAAUAAAAUAAUUUAAAUUAAUAAAUUUUAUUUAGCUUUGAAUUUGUCUAAAUGAUCGGGUUCUAGCCUAAGAUGUAGAAGGCAUCAAAUACAUUAUAGCGGUUAAAUUUUCAAUAAUGACAAUUAAUAAUGGUGCAUGAACUAUAUUUAUGAGCAUGGUGAAAAAAGGUUCAGAAGAAAAUAAAUUAUUUUCUUCAUUUGUUGACAGUGAGGAGAUUCAUAUAGAGCACCCAUCUACAUAUGAUGAAAUUUCUAGACUUGACAACAAAACAGAAACGGAUGGAAAAAUGGUAAAAUCUGAUACAAAAUAA